GUGUUCAGAGAGUAUUACGAUGUGCUUCUCGAUGCUAAGAAGGUGUAUGCUCUUGCUGAUUUGUCUACUAAUGUCGUCGCUGACUAUAUAAUGAACAUGGGAAAGAUUACUGCUUCGCUGAGGAGUUUCAUGUUUGUGAACCGAGUUCAAGUACUAAACUAUCACGAUUGUGAAGUUGACCUCAAAGACUUUGAAAGUCUUUACAGAGAAGGAGGAGUCGACACGUAUGAAAUCCAUGAGCUUAUGAAGCUGCGGAAGCUGAUGCUCAGAGACAUAAUAUCCUACGUCAUUGCUACCAUCAUCGUCAUUUACUUACAGAUUGACGAAUUCAAGCUAUUUUAUGAGAAAGGACUACAUGCGAGAAAAAACGUUCUGCGCAAACUUGAUAUUGUCAUUGCAAAGCAUCAGGGACUUACAGCUAUUGAGGAGACAGUGACUUGUCUUCGCAACAUCUCGCAAAAUAUUCCACUCCUGAAGGUGCGCUUGAACCAUCAUGGUUUGCCGAUAAUUGUUUCGAACCUGCAGAAAAGUAAAUUUGUGCGCGGAGAAUGGCUCAGUCGUAUUCAACGACAAGUAGAGAUUGCACAAUCUUAUUCGGCUACUCCACAGUACGACCAGGUGAAUUUACUACAGGUCAAAAUUUAUUUUGCUCAUUUCAAACAGGAGAGCAUCAAAGAGGAACGGUCUUACAAUGUCUUCCUCUUGCUAGCUGAAAUCGGAGGAACAAUUGGUCUCUAUGUAGGAGCGACUUUGCUCACCGUGGCAGAGACGAUUGUCUUCUUUUUUGAAGAACGUACAAGAAAAAUACUUGUAAAGCCUGCUUAUCUAUGA